CGAAAUUAGUACUAAUUUUCACAGCAGUAAGCAGCACUGUUGCUGUCAUGUGAUUGGUAAAAAGUUUUUUUCGCUGCUCAGUCACCUGUCACAUAAAAAUAUAGAUAUUUUUAUAAACGCGAAAAACUUUUUACAAUGGCCGCCCAGUUACGCACUGUAGUUGGAAAAACAUUUCUAUGGUUCUUCAUUGCCGUAUGUGUCAUACUCAUCCUGAUACAAUUGCUGACAGGAAAAGGUGAGCGCGUUAGUGUCGGUUGGUUCUUGGCAUCAACUUCGCCAUAUAUGUGGGCAUGUUUGGGUAUUGGCCUUGCCGUAUCGCUAUCAGUUGUGGGUGCUGCCCUUGGUAUACAUACGACUGGCACCAGCAUAAUGGGCGGUGGUGUAAAGGCACCGCGUAUUAAGACUAAGAAUUUGAUUUCUGUUAUUUUCUGUGAAGCUGUUGCCAUUUACGGUUUAAUUACUGCCAUUGUUUUCUCUGGUCUCUUGGAGAGCUUCCAGAUGGAAAUUGCAUUGUCUAAUCAAGUAGUCAUGAACAAUAACUGGACUGCUGGAUAUGUUCUGUUCGGUGCUGGACUUGCUGUUGGUUUGGUCAAUUUGUUCUGCGGCAUAGCUGUCGGCAUCGUUGGAUCAGGUGCUGCUUUAUCCGAUGCAGCGAACUCAGCACUUUUUGUUAAAAUUUUAAUUGUUGAAAUUUUCGGUUCUGCCAUUGGUCUUUUUGGCCUGAUCGUGGGAAUUUACAUGACAUCGAAAGUGAAAAUGGGUGAUAAGGAGUAAGCAGGUUGGAGUAGUA